AUGGCCAUAUGGCCGGCCCCGACCCUCGCUGCACUGACCACACCACCCGGGUCCGCGCCGCAGCGGCCGGCCCCGCCACCGCCCAGCACAGGGCCCGGGUCACCCACACAGACCGGCGUCCCGAUCCAGCACGUGCGCUUCCCACCGCCGCCGUCCCCCAUACCGGCCUGGCUGAUUGGAUCAUCACCGCCACCCGUCUACACGUCGGCAGGAGAACCGCCAGCGCCCACUCUUCAGUUUGGCGACCCCUCCGGCUCGGCGGGGCACUUCUCGGGCUACGGUCAUGCUGAUCGGGCGCUCCACUCCUCGCUGCUUCGCACCUCCGAGCCAGUCGGCCACGACGCUCCGACUCAGACACCGCCGCGGUUUGCCAAACUGGACUUUGCCACCUAUGACGGCACGAAGGACCCCCUCAACUGGCUCAACCAGUGCGAGCAGUUCUUUCACGGGCAACGCACCCUCGCCUCGGAGCGUACCUGGAUCGCCUCCUACCACCUCCGCGACGCGGCACAGACUUGGUACUACGCUCUCGAGCAGGACGAGGGCAGCAUGCCCCCUUGGGAGCGCUUCCGUGAGCUCUGCCUCCUUCGUUUUGGGCCACCGAUCCGUGGGAGCCGCCUAGCAGAGCUAGGCCGCCUUCCCUUCACCUCCACGGUUCAGGACUUCGCCGACCGUUUCCAGGCCCUGGCAUGCCACGCGUCGGGUGUGACGGCGCAGCAGCGGGCCGACCUCUUCGUCGGUGGACUUCCGGAUCACAUCCGCGUGGACUCAGAAAAAUUACGUAGAAUCGAGGAAUCAAAGCUGUCAAGAAAGAAAGAAUUAACUGGUGAAAGGAAUGGCUUGCUCCCAAGGUCAGAAGUAACUAAUGAAGAGCAUCCUUUGAGCUUUGGUAAAUCUAGCUUGUGGAACCAAUACUUCCAGGAAUCAGAGAUCCUGGAGCAGAUAGACCGAGAUGUGAAGCGAACACAUCCAGACAAGUCGUUUUUUUCUGCCAAGUCUAACCAGGAAUCACUAAGGCGUAUUCUCAUUAUAUUUUCAAGAUUAUACCCUAGUGUAAGAUAUGUGCAAGGGUUGAAUGAAGUUUUGGCACCUCUAUUUUACGUAUUGAAGAACGACCUUGACACAAGUAACUCGACUUCAGCUGAAGCAGACACUUUCUUUUGCUUUGUUGAAUUGAUUAGUGGCUUUAAAAACAACUAUUGUAAACAUCUUGACAACAGCCGGGUGGGUAUUCGGGCUACACUUUCAAAGUUAUCUCAACUCUUAAAGAAACAUGACGAAGAGCUAUGGCGUCAUAUGGAGGUCAUUACAAAGGUGUACCCGCAAUACUAUGCAUUUAGAUGGAUUACAUUACUGUUGACAAUGGAGUUCAGCUUCAAUGUGUGUAUUCACAUCUGGGAUGCCAUGUUGGGCGAUCCCGAAGGUUCUCCGGACACCUUGCUGAGGAUAUGCUGUGCUAUGCUCAUCCUUGUCCGGAAGCGGCUCCUGGUUGGAGAUUUCACCGCCAAUAUCCAGCUGCUGCAGCACUACCCGCAAACUAACAUAGAUCACCUCCUCCACAUCGCUAACAGAUUGAGAGGAACCAUGCCCAGCUAGUGAUUGGGAUGCCAUCUUGUCGGUGUGGUGUUCAUCCGGGCACUACUACAUGUAUGUACAUUGACCCUGUCCAUGAGGUGUAUCAUGACAUCAUUGCCAAGUUUCAUCUUCUCUUCAUUUAUGUUCACUUUAAAUUCAAAAACUGAAAACUCCGAGUACGUACGUAUUUGAGUUUUCUGUGUGUGUUUACAGAGUUAUGUGGUGGGGGCACUAGAUUUUGUUUACUAAAUAUAAUGGCAAGAAAAAAGCACAGGAGUG